GAAAUGGAAAGUGAAGAAGUAUCAAAUACCGAGAUAUUUGAGAAAUUCACGUGGAAGAUUGAGAAUUUCUCUCGCUGGAAUGUUGAUGAGAUAUACUCAGAGCCUUUCAUCCUUGGUGGCUAUCCAUGGAGGAUUCAACUGCUUCCAAAGGGGUACGCGUACAAGAAAGAAGAAGUAGACGAAGACGAAAAUGACUACUUAUCAAUUUAUUUGGAGGCUGUGAAAACUACUAAUAUGGCUGAGGGAUGGAGCAGAUAUGUCAAAUAUAAGUUAGUUAUUUUCAAUCAGCUCAACAGCAACAGGACAAUCUCCGAAGAAGGUAAACAGGAUUUCAAUGCAGCCGAGGGAGGAGUUUGGGGAUUUCCAUCUUUUAUGACGUUAACUGAGCUUCAUGAUCCUGAAAUGGGGUUUAUUGUGAAGGAUGCUUGUAUUAUUGGUGCAGAAGUUUUUGUGUUUAAGUCAACACUUGAGAAACCGAUGAAUCGUGCAGCUAGCUUUACCAUUUCCGUAGCAUCUGGAAAUCAAAAUGGGGAUGUGGAAGUGGAAGUCCCAAUGCCAAAUCCAGAAGUUCAAGACCCAAAACUUGAAACUAUUUCACCAGUUUCUACACAUAUUGAUGCAGAAAGUCGCAAGUUUAAUGAUUUGGUGUUUGCUGCACUGGGGAGAGUUCUUUAUUUCCUUAAGACUAGGAAAGUGAAAGACAUGAAUGAUCAAGCUUGUAAGGAACUUCAAAUUUUUUGGGAUGAGCUUAAGAAAUUUAAAAUUGAUCUUACUUGGCUAGAGCCACAAGUUCAAUCUGCUUUAGGAAUGAAAAGUUUUGUGGAGAAAGCUCUACAGGUUGAAAAUUUGAAGGAAAAUAUUGUAGUUAUAGAACUCGAAGCCGAUAGACUAAAAGCAAAAUUGGCUGCCGCUGAGGUAAGUCUUGACGUAGAAAGAGACUUGUUGAAAGCAAAAGACAUUAAAGAAAGAGAUUUGGAUUCUGAAUUGGGGUCUGGAAGUUAA